ACAACAGUGCAGCCAAUCAACUUGCCUUCGCUGGUAUCUCUUCUCAACGAUGAUGGCAUCCACGCUGUCUGCGCAACGCCCGACACGGUGCCCGGUCAACGGUCAGCCGCUGGUAGAAAGUGUGCUAUGGGCGCAGAAUGCGGUGUGCUCUUAGUCGAAGACAAGUUCAAGCCAACUCUAUGCAUCAAACGGAGCCAGCAUCCAGACGACCUUCCUACCUGCCAUCAAACUGUGGCCUGA